AUGAUGCAAAAGUCGAUUGCCGUCUCGGCCCUCGCUGCCGGCGCCAUGGCUGCUGGAUCUUGCCCUAGCGACUCACCUCUGUCGUGCCACAACACCACCGCCGUCGCGGACACCUGCUGCUUCAUUCCCACGGGCCAGCUGCUCCAGACGCAGUUCUGGGACAGCAGCCCCCCCACUGGACCUUCUGACUCUUGGACCAUUCACGGUCUCUGGCCCGACAACUGCGACGGCACGUACCCUGCGCAGUGUGACGCGGAUCGCGCUUACACCAACAUCACCGAGAUUCUCAAGGCCAACAACGCCAGCGACACGCUCGACUACAUGAACCAAUACUGGAAGGACUACCAGGGCGACGACGAGCAGUUCUGGCAGCACGAGUGGGGCAAGCACGGCACCUGCAUCAGCACCCUUGAGCCAUCGUGCUACGGCAACAGCUACCAGGACGGCGAGGAGGCGGCCGACUUCUUCACGCGCACCGUCGGCCUCUUCAAGACGCUGCCCACGUACGAGUGGCUCGCCGCGGCCGGCAUCACGCCCUCGUCCAGCAAGACGUACGACGUGUCCCAGAUCCAGAGCGUCCUGUCCAAGAAGCACGGCGCCCAGGUCACGCUCGGCUGCAAGGGCAAGGUCUUCAAUGAGGUCUGGUACCACUUCAACGUCCAGGGCUCCCUCCAGGACGGCAAGUUCGUCGCGGCGGCCCCUGAUGGCGCCAAGAGCAAGUGUAAGGGCAAGGUCCAGUACAACCCCAAAUCUGGCGGUGAUGACUUCUAG